CUGACAACAGAGAACAUCGCUGUUGCUAAACUGAGGACAGGGGCCUGGGAGAUGGGAGUGGUGUCUGUCUACCUGGAGGGAAACAAACCGGUCGAACCAUAUCUGGAUAUGAUUGGGAAGGCCGUAGCAGGCUUAGGUACUGGUAACGUGAUACUCGGUGGGGACGUAAACGCCUGGAAUACCUGGUGGGGUAGUCGGAAAACGGACAAGAGGGGAAUCGAGGUAGCUGCCAAGCUCGAUGAGAUGGAAUUCCACAUAAUUAAUAGAGGAACAGAGCCCACCUUCGAUACUAUUAGAGGUGGCAAAAGAUUCUCCAGCUGCGUGGAUAUAACAACAUGUUCGACGAGCCUACUUGGAAGGGUGGACAGCUGGAGACUGUCCGAAGAGGUAACCAGUUCGGACCACAGGGCAAUUCUGUUCGAUAUAAAUUUAGAAAAAUCAAUAAGCAUAGAUAUUAAAAGAACAACACGGAAAUUUAAUACAAAAAAGGCAAAUUGGAGAGAGUUUCAUGAGAAACUCACUCAAAUUUGGCAAGACAAACAAAUUAAUAAUAUACAGGUGGACAAAAUAUAUACUAAAGAAGAUCUAGAAAAGAAAAUAGGAGAACUCACAGAAUCAAUUGUAGAAGUCUGUCAGAACAGUAUGCCCCAAAUCAAAAAUAAAACACGGAUGGGAUUGCCCUGGUGGACCGAAGAGCUAUCUCGAAGGAAAAAGGAAGUCUCCAGGCUGAAGCGUCGCAUUUCGUAUGCAGCGCCAGUUCGCCGAGAUAUGGUCGUCGAACAGUAUAUCCAAGCAAAACAGGAAUACCAACAGCUUGUUAGAAACGCACAAACCACCAGCUGGAAGGAUUUUUGCAGUAAACAAGACCGAGAAUCCAUGUGGGAUGGCAUUUACAGAGUAAUUGGCCGCACAACUAAAAGACAGGAGGACAUCCCCUUAGUACUGAACGGGAAGACUCUAGGAAACAUAGAAUCAGCCAGAGUCCUAGCGGAGACCUUCUACCCGGAGGAUAAAGAUCAAGAGGAUGACGCGGAACACAGACUGAUAAGGGAAACAGCAGAAACACUCAAUGAAGGGUCACUUGAUGACUCAAGUGAUCCACCAUUUACGGUGGAAGAAUUACUGUGGGCCGCGUCCAGUUUCAAUCCCAAAAAAGCGCCGGGAAAUGACGGUCUCACGGCCGAUAUCUGUGCUGCAGCUAUCGCAUUGGAUCCGACAUUGUUCCUGGCAAUAGCCAACAAAUGUCUCGAUCUUGCGUAUUUCCCCGUGAAAUGGAAGGAGGCGGCAGUAGUGGUGUUGCGGAAACCCGGAAAGGAAGAUUACACGCACCCCAAAGCAUACAGACCUAUUGGGCUACUACCUGUAUUAGGAAAAAUAGUAGAAAAGAUGAUAAUACGAAGGGUAAAGUGGUACAUCGUGCCUAAAAUAAGUAAAAACCAAUAUGGUUUUAUGCCACAGCGUAGCACCGAGGACUCCCUCUAUGACAUGAUACAGUUAAUAAAAAAUAAGAUCAAAGAUAAAAAACUGAUCGUACUUGUAUCGCUUGACAUAGAGGGAGCCUUCGACAACGCUUGGUGGCCAGCAAUUCGAUGUAGGCUCGCCGAGACUGGAUGCCCGAAAAACUUGAGGCGACUGAUCGAUAGUUACUUGCACGACAGAUCAGUGUGCGUCAAGUACUCAGGGGCUGAAUGGGCAAAAAAGACCACGAAGGGGUGCGUGCAGGGAUCGAUAGGCGGCCCAAUAUUCUGGAAUCUCUUGCUCGACCCACUACUGCAAGAGUUAAACGCGAAAGGGGAAUACUGCCAGGCCUUCGCAGACGAUGUGGUCCUGAUUUUCUCUGGAGACAAGGCUUUGGAAGUGCAAGAGCAGGCCAAUGCAGCCCUAGCACUUGUUCAGAGGUGGGGGAUCAAGAAUAAACUUAAAUUUGCUCCGCAAAAAACAAAAGCAAUGAUUAUAACCAACAAAAUCAAAUACGACUCACCACUUCUGAGGAUGGGCGGGGAGAGCAUUGGACUGACCAAAGAAAUUAAAAUACUCGGUCUCACAGUUGACGACGGGUUGACCUUUAACACGCAUGUAAAGAAUGUGUGCUGUAAGGUGCAAAACCUUUAUCGUCAGCUGUGUAGAGCCGCAAAGGUUCAUUGGGGCUUAAACUCCGAGAUUGUUAGGACCAUAUACGUGGCAGUAGUAGAGCCAAUCAUUUUAUAUGCAGCAAGCGCAUGGGCACCGGCAACUAAUAAACAGAUGAUCAAAAAACAAUUCGACAUGGUGCAACGCGGGUUCGUACAAAAAAUCAUUAAAUCAUAUAGAACUGUAUCCCUUCACUCGGCACUCCUACUCGCCGGGCUGCUUCCCUUGGAUCUGAGGGUCCGGGAAGCAGCCUUGCUUUAUGAAACAAAGAAAGGCUAUUCCCGGCGGGUAGUAGGAGAUCGGGAAAUGGAGGGAUCCAUAGGGGGACCUAUCCUGUGGAACAUCCUUCUUGAUCCCCUCCUGAAAAAACUUGCGGACAGAGGUGAUUACUGUCAGGCGUUUGCUGACGAUGUCGUGCUGGUGUUCGAUGGCAAAACAGCUCAAGAAGUCCAGGAUCGUGCCAAUGAUACUCUCGAACGUGUCCGGUCGUGGGGUGUCGAGAAUAAGCUUAACUUCGCACCACACAAAACAUGCGCUAUGAUAAUCACCAGAAAGCUUAAACACGACACACCACGACUGAGCAUGGGAGGGGUUGCAGUUGGCAUGUCGAAGGAAAUAAAAUUGCUGGGUAUGACCAUCGACGAUAAACUGACCUUUAACACCCACGUCGCAAAUGCUUGCAGGAAAGCCAUAAAUAUAUACAAGAAACUCUCCGGAGCGGCAAAGGUCAGUUGGGGCCUUCACCCGGAGGUGAUCAAAAUUAUUUACACGGCGACAGUGGAGCCAGUCAUCUUGUACGCUGCUGGAGCAUGGGGGUCGGCUGCAGAAAAACUAAUGGUCAUCAAGCAGCUGCAGACUGUACAACGGGGCAUCGCCCAAAAGCUCUGCAAGGCUUACCGCACGGUCUCCCUGAACUCGGCACUGGUGCUGGCCGGGAUACUCCCCCUAGACCUCCGAGUUCGUGAGGCGUCCUCAUUGUACGAAGCCAAGAGGGGAUUGCCCCAGUCGGUGCUGGCCAGGAGGGAGGUCGAACGUAUGGCAUCAGCACUUGAGACUCCACAUCCGGCCGAAUGUCUCGAAUUGAAUAUCGUAAGCUUGGCAAAUCAGGACGACGUGAAAAACGCAGUUGUUUGCGAUAUGCAUAUUUACACGGACGGGAGCAAAAUUGAUGGCAAAGUUGGCGCUGCAGUAUCUGUAUGGACUGGCGGGGUGGAGGCCAAAACCCUCAAGCUUGCUCUGCCGGAAUACUGUACCGUCUACCAAGCUGAGCUACUAGCAAUAAGCCGAGCUACUCGAGUCAUUCGCGCACACAACGCCUUGACCUUCGGGAUCUAUAGCGAUUCUAUGGCCGCCCUUCUUACAAUUAAGAACCCCCGUUGCCUUCACCCAAUCGCAGUAGAGGCCAGAGAAAAUCUUAAAGAUAUAUCUCUCCAGGGCAAGGUAGUCACCUUGUUCUGGAUAAAAGCUCACGCAGGUUUUGAAGGCAAUGAGCGAGCAGACCAACUCGCGAAGGAAGCGGCCAAGAAUUCCAAGAAGAAACCGGAUUACGACCUUUGUCCGGUUUCAUUCGUCAAGCGGUGCAUUCGCCAGGCAACGCUUGACGAAUGGAAUCAUAGAUAUAAGACAGGUGAAACGGCCGCAGUUACAAAAAUGUUUUUCCCGGACGCAGUAACUGCAUAUAGAAUUGUCCGUAAGAUUAAAAUAGACAGUCACAAAACACAAGUGAUGACAGGACACGGUGGAUUCUCCGAGUACUUAAACCGUUUUAAGUGCAAGGAGAGUCCAUCGUGUAUCUGCGACCCUGCGAUACCCGAGUCUAUCCCUCACAUAGUGUUAGAAUGCCCCGUCUUUGGCAUAGAACGUUUUGAAGUUGAGAGUAAGAUGAAAACCAGAAUAACGGCUGAAACUGUGAAGGAUAUCAUGGAGAGUGAUCAAAGAAAUGUAUUUCUAGAUUAUUGCGUAAGAAUAGCGAGAAAAGUAAUUGUAAGAAAUAAAAGUAGUUAA